CGGAGCAGUGGCGGGCCAUUUGUUUAGCCGGGGAGAUCUGUUUCUGGACUCUUUUUUACCAGCUGCACUUUUGGGAAUUACCAGCAUUGCAUGACUAAACACCUAAGAACUCUUCAAGCCCAAGAAGCUCCAGUCAUCUGCCAAAUGCCAAAGGCUCUUUGGACUCCAGCGCCAGGAACAUCAGCCCGCAGCCUACUUGGGGAGCACGUGAUGUCCUCCUGUUUCUAUCUCUGUCUGACCCGUCGAGGUCCCCCUCUCCCGAUAGCCGUCGUCCCUGCAAUUCGAGGCUCCGCCAGGCAAAGUCAGCAGCGCGCGUCUCCCUCCUCCAUCCGCGAGCGCAUGGAAAUGCACGCAUACCUAGCAUACAGGGCCAGUUAAUGUGCAACAGUCACGCCGUGUGUAGAGGCCAGAGGGAUGAGGUACUCUUGAGGGACAGUCACUCAGAUGCAGCCUGGACUCACAAGGCCAAAGGGUUUUCUGAGAAGUGCUGUGCUGUUUGCCCUCUUUCUUCGGAACUUGUCUGCAGAGCUGUCAUUUCAACCUGAGUACCAAGCCGUCUCUGCCUGGGAAGCUGCUCGUCCCCUUUGAGCUGGAAAACAAGCCACUUUGACUUGGGUUCAUUGCAAAAUAGACAAGAAGCGAUGGGGGGUAACCUUGGCUGCCACCGGUCAAUUCCCAGAGACCCCUCAGAUCUCUGCCACAGCCGUAAAUUUAGCGCAGCGUGCAAUUUCAGCAACAUCCUUGUGAACCAGGAGAGGCUGAACAUUAACACAGCCACAGAGGAGGAACUCAUGACUCUUCCUGGGGUCACCAGGAUGGUAGCCCAAAACAUUGUGGAAUAUCGUGAGUACAUUGGUGGCUUCAAGAAAGUUGAAGACUUGGCCUUGGUGAGUGGUGUUGGAGCUGCCAAGCUGGAGCAGGUGAAGUUUGAGAUCUGCGUGAGCAGCAAAGGAAAUUCUGCACAGCACUCGCCGAGCUCUUUAAGGAAAGACCAGAAUCUGGACCAUCUUUCGGCUACGAAAAUCAACAUUAACACUGCCACACCUGCUCAGCUCAUGAGCAUCCGUGGUAUCACAGAAAAAAUUGCCAAUAGCAUUGUAGAAUACCGCAGAGAGCAUGGCCCCUUCAAAAGUAUUGAGGACUUGGUCAAGAUGGACUGUAUCAACUCUUCAUUCUUGGACAAAAUCCGGCAUCAGAUCUUUGCAGAGCGGUCAAGACCCCCUUCCACUAAUACCAAUGGUGGCCUCAAUUUCACUGUCAAGCCACACCCAAGCCCCACGUCCCUGAGCCUCCAGAGUGAGGAUUUGGAUUUUCCUCCUGGAGGGCCAACUCAGAUGAUCUCCACACGGCCCACAGUGGAAAUGUUUGGUGGGGUACGGGAUGGGAGACCUGUGCUGAGGGUGGCCACUUGGAAUCUGCAAAGCUGCUCCAUUGAAAAAGCCAACAAUCCUGGUGUGCGAGAGGUUGUGUGCAUGACUCUGUUGGAGAACAGUAUCAAGCUUUUGGCUGUGCAGGAGUUGAUUGACAGAGAUGCACUGGAGAAGUUUUGCAUGGAGUUAAACCAGCCGACUCUGCCAAACAUCCGCAGAUGGAAGGGUCCUCGAGGAUAUUGGAAGGGAGUCGUUUCAGAGAAGCUCUCAGGGCAUCUCGAGAAGUGCAUAGAAUAUUCUGGCUUCCUGUGGGACACAACUGCGGGGAUAGAGCUGAAAGAUGCUACCUCCUCUGAAGGCACACACACAAAUGGCAAUGGGAGACAGGUCCAUCCUCACCCUUACAUUGCACAUUUCAAGGUUGGAGUGAAUGAUUUAAUACUGGUUAACUUGCAUUUAGUACCAUUACCGGCCACUGGAGAAAAUUCUGUGAAGAAUCACAAUAGUCACAAAUUAGCAGUCUUUGCACAUACUGUACAGGAAACACUGAAAGGUGAAAAAGAUGUGAUUAUUUUGGGUGACUUUAGCCAGUCCCCAGAUAAUAGCGACCACGACUUGUUACGAAAGGAAAAGUUCCACCCUCUGGUUCCUGCAAGUACAUUUACAAACAUCAGCACAAAGAAUCCUCAAGGUUCCAAGUCCCUGGACAACAUCUGGAUCAGUCGUGGCUUGAAAAAGAUUUUCACUGGUCAUUGGGCAGUUGUAAGAGAAGGUCUUACAAACCCCUGGAUCCCUGAUAACUGGUCAUGGGGUGGCGUAGCAUCAAGUCACUGUCCAGUUUUAGCUGAAUUUUACACUGAGAGGGACUGGAAUAGAAAGGAUCUAACUCGAAAUGGAAGUGGAGUGAUGGUGGAAUGCACUGACUUGAAUUCUAAACAUGAGCGGUGAUGAAAGACUUUGCAAGCUUCUUUUUCCUUUCCCAGAAAAGAUGGUUAGAAGAUUCCUUCGCUCAAGGCCUGACAGUGAACAAGAACGGCUGUGUAUUUUCCUCAAUUAAAAAUGAAUAAGCUUCUGCUUUUAACAUCUCCCUUUCCCAUUCCCACUUUUGUCCCCUUGGUGGGUGUUUUAGGAUAUCCCAUUGCCACUGAGUGGAUUGUGACUUAUGGAGACACGGAGGGGGCUUCUGUGGCUGGAUAUCUGGAUAACUGCAAAUAAAAUGCACUUUUUAAUAUUG